AUGUACCAGAAUAUGACAACUCCUUUGAACAAACGCAAAGAAAAGGCGCAUGUGGUCAUGGAAGAUUUCGUGCGCUUGUACACCGUGAAUUAUCCGUCGGAGGAAUCUCCACGCGCAAACACGGCUCGGGCAAUUGCGUCGGAGAAGCAAUACGAAAUCAACAAAAACGCAGCUAGAACUGUUGCUGAAACUCUCAUUCCUGCUCUGUCCAGAUUCAUUGACGGCAUGCGAAAAGUGGCCCAAUUCUUUAGAAUUAUUGAAAAUGAACUGAGGUCGUUUGAAGAUGAAGAAGGCAUGGACGAACUUAAACAGUCUCAUUAUAAAGCAAUUCCCAGCGAAGAUAGUGACCAAAACUACGUCGAAAAAUGGUUGAAGAAAACCCUUGCAGAUAUUGGGAGCCAAACGACAGUCAGAGUUCUUCUUGGAUCUUCCUCGGGAGUGGAAGAGAUGGAACCGGUCGACACAGGACGAAAAUCAAACCGAGCAAAAACAUCGAAAAAUAAUCGAGAACCAACACCAGAAGAUGAUUCUGUACAAAGUAAACCGGUACUGCCACCGAAAGAAAUUAAACCGGUACCACCACCGAAAAAUAGACGACCAUCACCACCAGUAAAUGAUCCAGUACCGACAUUGAAAGAUAAACCAGAAUUACCAGCGAGAAAUAGAUCAGUGUCAGCACCACAGGAGUAUGAAACAAUAACAGCAAAAGAUAAACCAGCAAUACCACCGAGAGAAGAACCAGAAUUAGCACCAGCGAACGACGGUGUACCAAACUCGAAAAAGAAACCAGUACCACUACCGAGAAAUGGACCAGCAUCAACACCAGUACAUGAUCAAGUACCAAAGUCUAAAAAUGAACACAGAGCAAGAUCGGUAGUUAUUUCACAAAAACCAACAAGGAAAAAGAAACAGGCACCAUCACCACCCAGAAACGGUCAAGCACCAACAACAUCGGUUUAUCAUGUACCAUCUUCGGAAAAUAAGCAAGCACCAUCACGGAAAAGUAAAUCAGCAGCGACAUCGUCAGAUUAUGCCGUACCAGCACCCAGAAAAGGUCAAGCACAAACAACAUCGGCUUUUUAUGUACCAUCGCCGGAAAAUAAGCAAGCACCAUCACGGAAAAGUAAACUAGCAGCGACAUCGCCAGAUUAUGCUGUACCAGCAACCAGAAAUAAAAAAGAAUCGAAAAAUGCACAAGGAGCAAAGCCGGUAGAAUAUCAGAAACUUACAACAAAGGAAACAUUUGUUUAG